GACCUAUAAAUCAUAGGCCGAAACCUUACGGAUGAGCGGGAGUGGAAACAACAUCGAAAUUCGCCAACUUUGUCAUUCUCGUCACAAUUGGACAGCCUGCCAUAGUUUGGGCAUAUCUCCAUCGUUUCUUCACGGAAUUGCACACCGUUUGAUUCUGUGGAUUCCUAAGAUGUAAGGCUAUAACUUCCGUAUAGAAAGUAUUUCGAGUUAACAGAUGUAAGAUAGCAUAAAUCGGACCUGAAGUCAAAGGAUAGUUGCUGUCCAGGAUUUCGGAUAUGUCGAUGAACAACGAUUCCGACGAUUAACUCAUUAACUUCAAUAUUCCAACACCGAACCUUCUCUACGAUACCUUCCGGAUGUUCCUAAUAAUUGUUAGAGAGUUUAUGGUAAGUGUUUGGAAUGAAACAUCAUGAAUAUGGUGAGGAAAAUGGUCCAACCCGAGGAGCUCGCCACCACUGGCGCAGUCCUGGGAUUUUGGCCAUAUUUUCUUAGUUACUUAACGAAAUCGCGAGCCGUUUCUUGGGCUGGAUUCGUAUCGUCCGGGGCUACAAAUUCGGUUCAGAGAGUAUUUCGAGAAUAUGGAUGGAAAAUUUCAGUUUUACCUUAAAGUGGCUGCUGCGUUUUUGAGCUUAAGAUUUGGAAACUUUGGAUGGUUUUCUUGCUUCUUCUCCUUCUUCCUUAACAUACAACCAUGGAGUUGGAGUUUUCUUUUCUUUUGUUUGUUGCUGCCGACAGAGAGAGAGAUGGAGAGAGGUGGAUGCAUGUGGAUGGAUGGUGGUGAAACAUAAUGAUAAUAAUGAUAAUAGUGGUUUUGGGAGUAUUAUAUAAUUAGUUUGGAGUAUUUUUCAGAGUCUAUAUAUAUCAAAUUGUGGCAAGAACGUCUCACAUUCUCACAUUAUGGAAGGAACUUCUCGAGCUCUUCUUAAUACCAUAAGAUUCGUUGGUCUAUUUGGUAGUCAUGCUCUUGGUAGCAGUCCAAGGUUCAUGGCUACAGCGGUUGAUCUAGGACGGGAAUUGGUAAGACGAAAAAUUAGGCUUACCUACGGAGGAGGCAACGUUGGCCUUCAAGGAGCUGUAGCUUCAACGGUCUAUAAUAAUGGUGGUAGAGUCAGAGGUUUAAUACCAGGGUAUAUAGCAACACGAGGGGUCUAUGGACCAACAUAUGGUGUGGAGUACACCGUCUCCAACAAUUACUAUAAGUAUUUCGAGAUGAUUCAUAUUGUGGAAGCCUUCAUUGUACUUCCUGGAGGGAUUGACACUAUCGAAGGUUUGUUCACCUUAAUCUCAUGGGCAUCUGAAGGGUUGCACAGCAGACUUAUUGGUCUCUUAAACAUUGACGGUUAUUUCAAUAACCUAAUCAAGUUUCUAGAUGAUGCGGUGAGGCAGAACUUCAUGGCUUUGAAUCAGAGGAAACUGUUCAUUUCUUCUUUCUUUGUUGAUGAGCUUUUGGACAAGCUAGAGUUUGCUAAGGCUUUCCCAGGUCUUGGUGCUAGUUAUGAAGAGUUUGCAAAUCCUGGAAGGUUAGACUUAGAGAUGCAUUUGUAAUAUUUCCAAGUUGAAAUAAUAUUGUCCAUGUACAUUACGUGUCAGUUAUAAAUAUCGUUCUAAGCUGCAUGACCAGUGCAUUUCAGAAGAAUAUUUAUUUCCAACAUCAAAAUGUACCAUGUAAAUAUUAAUCCUUUUCUUUAUCUUCCAGUCUUUCACUGUUGGUGUGACUGUUUCACAUCUUGUUUUGUACUGUCAUCUUGUUGCGACCUUUUACGUCAAUAG